CCAAAAUCUCUUGCCUGGAAAAGAAGCUAGCCACCUAUCACAAAUAACACACGCACAUUAACGAGCCAGAGCCAUGCUCUAGAAUGACGCAGAACAACCCAGCCCACCCCGAGGAAAAAAAAUCUUAAGCAGAGACGAAGAGAAGGAUAGCAAGAGAGAGGCCUGUCAAUCAAUCAAUUCUCUUCAGCCGGCAGCAUACGGUUUAGUCAUGGCGAAUACAGCUGCCUCAAGCUCUGUAUUGUUGACGAGCUUGCCUCAAAUCCGUACAGAUGAUACUUUCUCAAGGAAGAACCGGAUAAACCUAAUUCGUUCCCCUUUGAUUCGAUUCCAAGCCAGCCAUCAUCAAUCUUGUCAUUCCAUUUCCUCCAAAAGUUGGAAACAUGAGAUUGCUGCCGGUAGAUCAGGUACUAGUAGAAAGAAGAAUAAUGCUUGGAAACAUUGUAGUUCGUUCCUUGGUGAGAGAGUGGUUGAGGCAUCUUUUCCAGAACAAUUUAAGUGCAUGUCUUUCUCCCUUAACCGCCGUAGAAGCCGCUAUAGCAUCAAGAGAUCUAUACCGAGAGCCUUUAUUGAUAAGUCUGCUUUUCGUUUGUCUGGCCAUUCAUUCGAUACUGCUUCUGGAAAGCAUGUUCAUGCCCCAUGUGCAUCAAUGGGUCCAAAUGAGCCUCAUGCAGCAAGUAUAGCCUGCCCAGAUGGUAUUCUUGAGAGACAAGAUUCCCAUUUAUUAGAUUCUGAAUUAGAAAGAGCAAGACUACUUGAGUUUUUGAAUUCUGAACUUCCAUGUCACCCAAAGUUGCACAGAGGACAACUGAAAAAUGGACUCCGUUAUCUGAUUCUACCAAAUAAAGUUCCACCAAACAGGUUUGAGGCACACAUGGAAGUUCAUGUAGGAUCAAUAGACGAGGAAGAUGAUGAGCAAGGAAUCGCACAUAUGAUUGAACAUGUUGCAUUCCUUGGAAGUAAGAAACGUGAGAAACUUCUUGGAACAGGGGCCCGAUCUAAUGCUUACACUGAUUUCCACCAUACAGUGUUCCACAUUCAUUCACCAACUUGUACAAAGGAUGCUGAUGGAGAUCUACUCCCCUCUGUGCUGGAUGCCUUGAAUGAGAUAGCUUUCCACCCGAGCUUCCUUGCUUCUCGAGUUGAAAAGGAAAGGCGUGCUAUACUUUCAGAACUACAGAUGAUGAAUACUAUAGAAUAUCGUGUUGACUGCCAGUUGUUACAACAUCUACAUUCAGAAAACAAGCUGAGCAAAAGGUUCCCAAUAGGAUUGGAAGAGCAGAUUAAGAAGUGGGAUGCAGAGAAAAUUAGGAAAUUCCAUGAGCGUUGGUACUUCCCAGCAAAUGCAACUCUAUACAUUGUUGGUGACAUUGAUAACAUUUCAAAGACAGUUCACCAAAUUGAAAAUGUCUUUGGACAAACUGGCCUGGAAAACAAGACAGUUUCUGCUCCUUCUCCAAGUGCAUUUGGUGCAAUGGCUAGUUUUCUUGCUCCUAAGGUCUCAGUUGGGCUCCCUGGAAGUUCGCCUCAUGAAAAGUCAUCUAGUUCUCUAGACCAAUCCAAAAUCAUUAAAAGGGAAAGGCAUGCAGUUCGUCCUCCUGUCGAGCAUUAUUGGUCUCUCCCUGGAAGCAAUGCAAAUUUGAAGCCACCGCAAAUAUUUCAGCAUGAGUUUCUUCAGAAUUUCUCAAUUAAUAUGUUUUGCAAGAUUCCAGUGAGCAAGGUCCAAACGUAUGGUGACUUGUGCAAUGUUUUGAUGAAGAGAAUAUUUCUAUCUGCACUGCACUUCCGAAUUAAUACAAGAUACAAGAGUUCAAAUCCACCAUUCACUUCAGUUGAAUUGGAUCAUAGUGAUUCUGGAAGGGAAGGAUGCACUGUCACAACUCUUACAGUGACUGCAGAACCCAAGAAUUGGCAAAAUGCAAUUAAAGUUGCUGUUCAGGAGGUUCGAAGGCUUAAAGAAUUUGGUGUCACAAAGGGUGAAUUAACUCGCUAUAUGGAUGCACUUUUAAAAGAUAGCGAACAUCUGGCAGCUAUGAUUGAUAAUGUUUCAUCUGUUGAUAAUUUGGAAUUUAUCAUGGAGAGUAAUGCUCUUGGCCAUACUGUGAUGGAUCAGAGACAAGGACAUGAGAGUUUGUUUGCUGUUGCUGGAAUGGUCACACUUGAAGAGGUCAAUUCUAUUGGUGCCAAGUUAUUAGAAUUUAUCUCUGAUUUUGGAAAACCUACUGCGCCCCUUCCUGCAGCAAUCGUUGCAUGUGUUCCUGCAAAAGUGCAUAUUGAUGGAUUGGGUGAAACCGAGUUCAAGAUAUCCUCAAGUGAGAUUACAGCUGCCAUAAAAUUAGGAUUGGAGGAAGCAAUUGAGGCUGAGCCAGAGCUUGAAGUACCAAAAGAAUUGAUAUCUUCAACACAGUUAGAGGAGUUAAGGUUAGAACGUAGGCCAUCCUUUGUUCCCUUACUUCCAGAUGCAGGCUAUAUGAAAUUGCAUGACCAAGAUACAGGCAUCACUCAGCGUCGUCUUUCAAAUGGAAUUGCUGUAAAUUACAAGAUAUCCAAAAGUGAAUCCCGGGGAGGUGUCAUGCGGCUUAUUGUGGGUGGGGGCAGGGCAGCUGAAAGUUCCGAGUCUAAAGGAGCUGUUGUUGUGGGUGUUAGAACUCUCAGUGAGGGUGGUCGUGUUGGCAGCUUUUCGAGAGAGCAGGUAGAACUUUUUUGUGUGAAUCACCUAAUAAAUUGCUCUUUGGAGUCAACUGAGGAAUUUAUUUGCAUGGAGUUCCGCUUCACUCUGCGAGACAAUGGGAUGCAAGCAGCAUUUGAAUUACUUCAUAUGGUACUUGAGCAUAGUGUCUGGCUGGAUGAUGCAUUUGAUAGAGCAAGGCAACUCUACUUGUCAUGUUACCGAUCCAUUCCCAAAAGCUUAGAACGGGCAACUGCUCACAAGCUCAUGACAGCAAUGUUGAAUGGGGAUGAGCGGUUCAUUGAGCCAACCCCCCUAUCAUUACAAAAUUUAACACUGAAAUCCGUAAAAGAUGCAGUGAUGAAUCAGUUUGUUGGUGGAAACAUGGAGGUAAGUAUUGUUGGAGAUUUCUCAGAGGAGGAGGUUCAGUCUUGCAUUAUUGAUUACCUGGGCACAGUUAGAGCAACAAGAGAUUCUGAACAGGAACAAGAAAUUAAUCCUGUCAUGUUUCGACCAUCCCCUUCUGAUUUGCAGUUUCAACAAGUGUUUUUGAAGGAUACUGAUGAGAGAGCAUGUGCAUAUAUUGCUGGUCCUGCACCAAAUCGUUGGGGUUUCACUGUUGAUGGAACAGAUCUCUUCAAGUCAGUGAGUGGCUUUUCGGUUGCAGCUGCUGGCCAAUGCUUUGCAGAUGCACAACCAAUAUCUGAAACACAACAGAUAGACGGGAUGGAUGUUCAGAAGGAUAUACAAGGAAAACUUCGCUGUCAUCCACUCUUCUUUGGCAUAACAAUGGGGCUACUGGCUGAGAUCAUAAAUUCUCGGCUUUUUACCACAGUUAGGGAUUCUCUUGGGUUGACAUAUGAUGUAUCGUUUGAGUUAAGCCUAUUUGAUAGGCUUAAGCUUGGAUGGUAUGUUGUUUCAGUAACAUCAACUCCAGGCAAGGUACAUAAAGCGGUUGAUGCAUGCAAAAGUGUUCUUAGAGGGUUGCAUAUCAACAAGGUUGCCCAGAGAGAGUUGGACAGGGCAAGACGGACGCUGCUAAUGAGACAUGAAGCUGAGAUUAAGUCCAAUGCCUAUUGGCUUGGAUUGCUUGCUCAUUUGCAAGCCUCUUCUGUUCCGAGAAAGGACAUCUCAUGUAUUAAAGAUCUCACUGCACUAUAUGAAGCUGCCACAAUUGAGGACGUAUACCUUGCAUAUGAACAAUUGAAAGUAGAUGAGGAUUCUCUGUACUCAUGCAUUGGGGUUGCUGGGACACAAGCUGGAGAGGAGAUUAAUGCUCCAUUAGAAGUGGAUGAAACAGAUGAUGGUUUUCAGGGAGGCAUGCCUGUGGGACGUGGUUUGUCUACAAUGACACGACCAACAACCUGAUUUUCCUGGAUGAUUUAAUAUCAUUGAUUGCAGUGAAACCUUUUUUGGUUAGUGUUAGAAGGAUCGUGGGCAGCUCUCUACCUGAUUUAAAGGUCCGAUCAACAAUUGAUGGAGCUGUCCCAUAAAGCCUCUCCUGGACUUUCAGAACGGUCUAGAAUGUCCCAUCGAGUGGUUCAGGUAUGUCAAAUUAGAUGCCCAACAAAAGUAGUUGUGGAGUUGCGCAAGUUCAUAGGGUUAUUUUGAUUGCUAGCAAUUUCAGUCACUGGGAUACCAAAAUUUUUACAGAUGUUUGUAUAGAUGCUGAUCAUGGUGUCAUUAGCCGCUUGAAUUGAUUAUAGUUUAACCAAUUUACAGUCUACACCGCUUGAAUUGAAUUGAUUAUAGUUUACAGUCUACACCAGUGCCAAUUGUUUCUAUUGUAAAUUAACCAAUUUUGUGU